AUGGCAGCGGCCGCCAGUCUCAAGCUCGCCGCCCUGGGCCUUCUCCUCGUCGCUGCCGUCUCCUCCCUCCCUCUGCUCGCGCGUGCAGAGUGCGAGUGCGAGGCCGGCGGCGAGGAGGAGGAGCAGGACAAGGCGGGCUCGCUGAGGCUCAGGAUCAUCGCCGUCUUCUGCAUCCUCGUGGCCAGCGCGGCGGGCUGCGCCAUCCCGUCGCUCGGCCGGAGGUUCCCGGCGCUGAGCCCGGACAGGGACCUCUUCUUCGGCGUCAAGGCCUUCGCGGCGGGGGUCAUCCUCGCCACCUCCUUCGUGCACAUCCUCCCGGAGGCCUUCGAGCGGCUCGGCUCGCCCUGCCUCGUCAGCGGGCCGUGGCAGAAGUUCCCGUUCGCCGGCCUCGUCGCCAUGCUCGCGGCCAUCGCCACGCUCGUCGUAGACACCAUCGCCACGGGGUACUUCCAGCGCGCCGCGCACGCCAAGAAGGCCGCGGCCGUCGUCGGGGCCGACGACGUGGAGGCCACGCACGCUCAUCACGCGCACGUCGGUCACUCCCACGGCGUGUCGGCCGUCGUUGCGUCAUCGGCCGCGGGGGCCGACGACGGAGGCGCGCAGCUUAUCCGCCAGCGUGUCAUCUCGCAGGUGCCGAUGCAUGCAUCCAUUCCAUUCCAUACUACCGUGCUGGAGCUGGGGAUCAUAGUGCACUCGGUGAUCAUCGGCAUGUCUCUCGGCGCCUCCCAGAGCGCCAGCACGAUCAGACCACUCGUGGUCGCGCUAACUUUUCAUCAGUUCUUCGAAGGGAUAGGGCUCGGAGGAUGCAUCGUUCAGGCCAAGUUCCGCCUGAAGUCUGUGCUGCUCAUGGCGCUCUUCUUCUCACUCACCACGCCGGUCGGGAUCGUGAUCGGCAUCGGGAUAUCCUCUGUCUACGACGAGAACAGCCCCAACACCCUGAUCAUCCAAGGGAUCCUCAGCGCCGCCGCCGCCGGAAUCCUCAACUACAUGGCCCUCGUCGACCUCCUCGCGGAAGACUUCAUGAACCCUAGGGUGCAGGGCAACGGAAGGCUGCAAGUCAUCGUAAACCUCUCAUUGCUGCUUGGGACGGCUCUCAUGUCCAUGCUUGCCAUAUGGGCCUGA